GCAAAUUUCUGUGUGCAGAAGUGUGUGAAGGAAGAAUAGAUCCUAGUGUAACGUGAUAUGGCUGGGAGGUGUAAUCAAGGAAAGGGUGAGAUGGAUGUAGAGGAAGCCAGUGAUGAAAUGGCUGCAGAAGAGAGCUCUGUGGUCACUCACGAAGAAGAGAAGUCUAUUGCUGACGAAGAAAAAGGUGCAAGGUCUGUAACUGCAGUCGUGGUGGCAGGACUGGGGCUUGGAUCUUCGGUUAUCAACAGCAUCCUGAAUGGGCUGGGUUCAGUACAACGCAAGAUUGUAAUCUCGUUUGCCAACAAUACUGGCCAUCAGCUCACAGCUAUAGGUGUAUAUUUCUUUUCUGGAACAGCUGACAAUGGACUCCCUGGUGCUAUUCCUGAUAAAUCCACACUCGGCUUUGGAGCUCGCAAGACAAGGGGUCCUGUGGCGAGAGGCACUGUUGGGGUUAUCACUUAUUAUCUUUCAGCCGAAAAUCGGACAGCCGCAAUCAUGUGGAGUGUCCCGUUUGACUACAACUUAUAUUCCAACUGGUGGAACUUUGAAUUGCGAAAUGGGAGAGUUUCCCCCUCAAGGAGCUUGUUCAACGAUCUCUAUUACACAGAUUCUGCAAUUAAGGGUGAUAGCAACUUUGUCUCUCGCUUUACUAAUGGACGGAAGUUUGAGGGGUCUAUGGGACACUCUGGUACUCCAGUUCUGGAUAUAACACUACACUAAAAUAUUUUGAAGAGAAAGAGGAAUAUAUCAACUACAAAAAAUAAAAAAUAAAAAACUGUAUUAACUAAGUAUAAUAUAUAAUAUUUUAUUAGGUAGUUUAUUUUGCUCAUCGGCAAGGGGAGGAGGCGUGGAGACUACUCACCGGUGGAUUGG